CCUUGCGGGGACGCGGAUCCCGAUGAGACUCCAGGCUUCCGUGAGUGGCGUCUCUACCCGUGCGAAGGGGUCCCGCGCUGGAAGCGAGCGUGGAGAAAUACAAACUGGAAGCCAUCUUCAAAAUUAUGUUUCAGUUAAAGAGGGCUGAAUGGCCGGCUAUGGCCAGUCCUGAGGCUACAGGAACAAUCCUAUGAAUAAAAAGCAUUUGGUGAUCCACAAGAUUCUUUGAACCCAUUUGGAUUUGCCUUAAAGGACAGGAAAAGAAUGGAGAUACAACCUUUACCAAGUGAAGGAAUUGGAAAAGGCCCUUCUGCCAUUCUGGCUGGAAGCUGUGGGGAAAUCUGUGCAAGAAUUGGGCAGCAGAUGGUGGAGGAGGAAACCAUCAUCCAUUCAGACAGUCAGCUGUGGAACUUCAGGAGCAUCCAAUAUCAGGAGGCUGAGGGUCCCCGAGGACUUUGCAGCCGACUCCAUGACUUUUGUAAGCGAUGGUUGAGACCACAAAAGCACACCAAAGCACAGAUGCUGGACAUGGUUGUUCUGGAGCAGCUUCUGGCUAUCCUGCCCCUAGAGAUGGAGAGCUGGGUACGGGAAUGUGGAGCAGAGACCACCUCCCAGGCGAUAGCCCUGUUGGAAGGUUUCCUGCUGAGCCAGGCAGAGGAGCAGAAGGAGCAGGUCGAGUUGCAGUCCAGAGAUCCUGAGGGAAGAAGGACUCCAUCAAAUCCUCCUCAGCUGUUUAUCAGGAGGAUCCGUCAGGAAGAUCUAAGUCAGGACACUUCAGGAGAGAAACAAAGGAUGGACUUUCCUGUUCUUUAUGGUGAAGCUGAAAGAAUGGUUGAACCUCCAAAUCAAGAGGGCCAUGUGUCCUUCCAGGAGGUGGCUGUGUAUUUCUCCAAGCAGGAAUGGUCUCUGUUGGAUCCUGACCAAAAAGCACUGCAUUGGGAAGUCAUGAUGGAAAAUCAUAGGAACGUGGUCUAUGUGGGUAAGCGCUUGCUACUUCCCAAUCAGAGAGUUCAGGAAGAUGUACUCAAAGCUGAUUCUGGAUGUUCAUGCAUGGAGUUUGGAAAGACCUUUACUCAAAGAUUUCAUCUUAUUUCCCAAAAGAUGACCCAUACAGAGGAGAAACCACACAAAUGUAUGGAGCAUGGAAACACCUUUCCUGAUAGAAGUGAACUUACUUUGCACAAAAGGAUCCACAUGGGAGAAGCCAUUUAA